AUUGCUGAUAACUGCAGGAAAAGGAACCGAAAGUAAUGGCACAUGAUCUUCGUCUUCUGUUUCCAGAAGAACAGAGAUUUGCGAGCCAACUCCAACACAAAUGACUGUUCUCCUUCCGGCAAUGAGCUGAAAAUCUGAACUCUGAAAAAUACGACCGCAAUGGAUCGGGUCCUGAAAGCUGCGCGAGCUUCCGGUUCUCUAAACCUAUCCAAUCGCUCUCUAAGAGAAGUGCCGGAUGAGGUUUAUAAAAGUUUGGAUGCGGUUGGUGAUGAUGAGAAGUGGUGGGAGGCUGUGGAGCUACAGAAGCUGAUUUUAGCUCAUAAUGAUAUUGGAUCAUUGAAGGAAGACCUGAAGAAUUUGCCGUUAUUAGUGGUACUGAAUGUUAGUCACAAUAAGUUGACAAGUCUCCCGGCAGCUAUUGGAGAGCUUCACAUGCUUAAAUCAUUGGAUGUGUCAUUUAAUUCGAUAGAGAAAAUCCCUGAAGAAAUUGGAUCAGCAGCUUCGCUGGUGAAAUUUGAUUGUUCAAAUAAUGUGCUAAGCUCUCUCCCUUGUUCCCUUGGACAUUGCAUAAAUUUGGCAGAACUGAAGGCAUCAAACAAUAAAAUUUCCAGCUUGCCAGAAGAACUAGCAAAUUGUUCAAAAUUAACAAAGUUGGACAUAGAGGGAAACAAGCUAGAAAUGCUGUCUGAUAAUUUCAUUGCAUCAUGCACUAUGCUUGUUGAACUCAACGCUUCUAAAAACUUACUAAGCAGUCUGCCGGAAAGUAUUGGACGCCUUUCACGUUUAGUUAGGCUUGAUCUUCACCAAAAUAGAAUUUCCUCGAUCCCGUCAUCAAUAAAAGGCUGCUCAUCCCUUCUAGAGUUUUACAUAGGGAGCAAUGGGCUGUCUCUAUUACCUGCAGAAAUUGGAUCAUUGACUCAGCUGGGGACAUUUGAUCUGCAUUCAAACCAGUUGAAAGAAUAUCCUGUGGAGGCAUGCAGCUUGCAUCUUUCUGUCCUUGACCUGUCUAAUAAUUCACUGUCUGGUUUGCCUGCUGAGAUUGGCUUGAUGACAACACUGCGGAAACUUAUACUUACUGGUAAUCCGAUGCGGACGCUUCGGAGUUCUCUGGUACAUGGACCUACACCUGCUCUAUUGAAGUAUCUCCGAAGUAGACUCCCAAAGGAUGAAGAAUCUGAAGCUGCCACAGCUGUGAAAGAGGAUGUUGUUACCAGAGCUGCACGCUUGUCCAUUGGUUCAAAGGAACUUUCUUUAGCUGGGCUAGGAUUGGGAGCUCUCCCAUCAGAAAUAUGGAAGUCGAGUGAUAUUACGAAAGUCGAUCUGUCGGGGAAUUCAAUCGAAGAGUUGCCAUGUGAGCUUAGAUCGUGUGUGUCCCUUGAGGCUUUAGUUUUGUCCAAGAACAAGAUAAAAGAGUGGCCUGCUGCAGUUCUGGCUUCCCUUCCUAGACUUUUGUGCUUGAAACUGGAUGGGAAUCCACUCAGAAAGAUCCCAUCAGAUGGUUUUCGAGCUGCUUCGAAGCUUCAGAUUCUAGAUCUCAGUGGCACCUCAGGUUCUUUACCAGAAAAUCCAGCAUUUUCGAGCUUACCAGAGCUGCAGGAGCUUUACCUGAGACGGAUGCAGAUAUCAACUUUUCCUUCGGACAUAAUUACUUUACAACAGUUACGGAUUCUUGACUUGAGCCAAAAUUCCCUUCAGUCAAUUCCAGAGCUUGACGAAUGGCAUUUCUUGCAUCUUGUAUAUGUAAUGAUAAAUAUUAGCAUUAAGGAUCUUACUUCUCUUACGGAGCUCAACCUAUCAGACAAUAAUAUUUCUUCUCUUCCACCCAAUCUGGGUUUGCUUGAACCCCACCUGAAGAUUUUGAAACUUGACGGAAACCCAUUGAGAAGCAUCCGAAGGGCAAUUUUGGACCGAGGAACAAACGCAAUCUUGAAGUAUUUGAAGGAGAGAAUUGUUGAGCAGUAAAAAGUUUGUGCUCUCUCCAUGACUCCAAUGGCAGAUCUGAUUUCUUGUUCGUUUUACUUUGUGCUCUCUCCAUGACUCCAAUGGCAGAUCUGAUUUCUUGUUGGAUUGAUGAGCUGAGUGGGAAUUUCUCCAUCUUCUGUUUCAAUUUUCAUGGUUCUCUUGGUGUGUAAUAUAUAAUUCUUUUUUAUAUGUUUAUGUUGUACCAUAGUAUUUCAUUAAGCUGGAUUUCCAUGUAAACUUAAGUAUUACGUACUGUAUUUUGUGUCUGUGUGUAUCGAGAUGUGUGUAAUCAAACCAUUGUGUUCUCGUACUUACCAUUUAAAUCCCCUGAAUGUAACAUGCAACUAAUAACAUUUUACUUGAUUCUCAUUUCGGAAAGUGAAAGUACUAUUCCUGGGUGAUAA